UGACGCCUGACUCGCGCAGUGACACCGGCAACUUGAGGGCACUUCAUCAUCAGCCAUCAGCUUUAGCGCCAAAAUCGCAUGUGGUCUCGGUUUGGGUAAUCUUAAAACUCAUUGUUUCGCUAAAUAACAAGAAGGAACAAAAUGUGGGUCCAAGUACGAAUGAUGGAUGGAUCGAAAUCCGCCAGGAUAGACGAUCUUUCAAAGCUCACAAAAAUUGAAGACUUUAGGAAAUGCAUCGAAGCCGAGCUCGGAGUGGAGCCCUCGCUUCAACGAUUGUUUUAUCGUGGCAAGCAGCUCGAGGACGGCUACACGUUAUUUGACUACGACGUGGGUCUAAACGAUAUCAUUCAAUUGAUGGUUCGCUCAGGCGUAGCGGAAUCUGCAAAAGAUGACGAAACAAAUAAAGAAGUCUGCGAGACAGAUAAGGACAAGAAGGCUUCAGGCUCAUCGUUGGGCUUGUCAAGUGCACAAAGCUGCUAUUACAAGGUGGGUGACCUGGUAGACGCACGCGAUGUAAGGUAUGGUGGAUGGUUUGAAGCAAAGAUUACUAAGAUAACAAAGAAAGCUGAUGACACAGAGAAGCGUGGAGACUUUGAAACGGACGACUUCUUAUAUCAUGUCCAGUACGACGGCUAUGAGGAUGACGAAACAGCAGCUUUCAACUUGCACUGUAUUCGGCCCCGAGCCCGAACCAUUGUUCCAUUUGAUAAGAUUAAAGAGGGUGACACUGUGAUGGUGAAUUACAACACUGAUGACCCAAAUGAACUGGGCUUCUGGUAUGACUGCAAGGUGACUUCCAAGCGAGACACUCGCACUAUCAAGGAACUGCGUGGCACCAUUUUUCUCGGAACAAGCCAAGCACCUUUGGUAAACUGCAAGAUAAAAUUCUGCAACGAGAUAUUUGCCAUUGAAAAUCAUCCAACAGCUGCUGUGGAUCAACGCGACAACUUGCCUGCAUCUCCACAAAAACGAACAUCCAAGCCCGAGUGCGAACACUGCCACGACAAUCCGAGUCGUAGGUGUCGCCACUGUUCUUGCAGCAAAUGCGGAGGCAAGGACGAGCCCGGGAAACAGAUAAUGUGCGACGAAUGCAACAAAGCCUUUCAUCUCUGGUGUCUAGUGCCGUCAUUGGAUGAGAUUCCAAAAGAUGAUGAAUGGUUUUGUCCAGACUGCAAGAAUGACGAUACAGAAGUGGUAAAAGCUGGGGAGCGUUUGAAAGAGAGCAAGAAGAAGGCACGCAUGGCUUCGUCACGUUCCGAGGGAACGUCUCGUGACUGGGGAAAGGGAAUGGCUUGCGUAGGACGUACCAAGGAAUGCACUCUUGUGCCACCCAAUCACUUUGGAGCCAUCCCUGGUGUGGAAGUCGGAACACAGUGGAAGUUCCGUGUUCAGGUUUCUGAAGCUGGUGUUCACAGGCCGCACGUAGCUGGGAUCCAUGGCAGAGACGGUGAAGGCGCUUUUUCCAUCGUCCUUUCCGGUGGCUACGAGGAUGACGUGGACGAAGGAGAUGAGUUCACGUACACAGGCAGUGGUGGAAGGGACCUUUCCGGAAACAAAAGAACAGCGGAGCAGUCCUGUGAUCAGGUGUUGACACGUAUGAACAAAGCACUAGCACUCAACUGCUCGGCUCAAUUUAAUGACAAGAAAGGUGCUGAGGCAAAGGACUGGCAAGCUGGCAAGCCAGUGCGAGUGGUUCGGAACUGCAAAGGAAGGAAGCAUUCCAAGUACUGUCCAGAAGAAGGGAACCGCUACGAUGGCAUUUACAAGGUAGUCAAGUAUUGGCCCGAGAAAGGCAAGUCUGGCUUUGUGGUCUGGCGUUACCUGCUUCGUAGAGAUGAUCCCAGUCCUGCACCCUGGACGGCGGCAGGAAAAAAACGCGCUCAAGAUCUUGGGCUCACCAUGCAGUACCCAGAGGGCUACCUGGAAGCUCAAAGUGAAAAGAAAGGGGAUUCGGAAUGUGAAAAUGAAGACGUCAAGAAGAAAGGGAAACGAUCGAGAGGUGGCAGUGAAGAGUCUCCGACGUGGCAGAAGAAAAUGAAAGUGGCCUCGUACAAAGUGGAGCCCAAAGUGAAGAUUAGCAUAGACAAGGACACAGCCAAUGGGAAGCAAUGGCUGGAAUGCCUGGAGCUCACAUCAGAGGGGCAGAGGGCAUUCCUUGACAAAGUGCAAGAGCUUUUUGGCUGCAUCUGUUGCCAGGAGAUAGUGCACAAUCCUAUCACUACUCCUUGCAACCAUAACAUGUGCAAGAGCUGCCUGGAGCGUUCUUUCAAGGCUCAAGUGUACACGUGUCCCAUGUGCCGCAGCGACCUUGGAAAGGGGUAUGAAAUCAGAGUGAAUGAAACCCUAAGUACCGUUCUAAAGGCACUUUUCCCAGGUUAUGAGAAGGGAAGGUGAACCUUAAGAAAUGCGCGCAUAAUGUACAUACAUUUUUCGAAGCCUUUAGAACAACUUAUUUGAAUGUAGACAUUUUUUAAAUGUGCGUCUAUGUCUGUAUGUGUUCGUGGUAAUAGUAGUUCUCGAGUUUGUUCGCAGAUUUUAGGCGGCAUUAGUUUUAGCUUCGUGGUUUCGAAAUAAAACUGUCCUUUCUGCGGACGUUUUAUUGAGGUUCUCAACAUUGUGCUAGUGUGGAGAUUAACUUCAAACUUGACGUUCUUGGUACGUACUUUAUGGAACGGGUCGAAUAUUCUUUUUAAAAAACAUUGUAUAUAGUUUUUACGGCGACCGACGACACCUUUUACUGUUGCAUUUAUUAACGUUACACGCGCUGCAUGGAGCUUCUUUAGCCAAAUAAAUGAGACAGAAAACUGUG